AUGGCUGUAAACCCUUGGUUUCGGCUGCUUAUAUACGGCAUGCUUGGAUUUGCUUAUGAAAUAGUCUUCACUUCAUUGUUUGACUUUGUGGCUUCCAAUUUCGCCGACUUCAAGUUCAAAGGAUACUCUUCCAUUUGGUCCUUCUUUAUUUAUGGCACCUGUAGUUUUUGCGGUGAACAAGUAUACGUCCACACAAGAAAUCGUUUAUCGGUAUUUUGGCGCGGCUUAAUUUGGGUUCAAAUGGCUUACACGUGGGAAUUUUUUGGUGGCCUCGUCCUCAAUCAAUUUUCCGCGCGUACCUGGGACUAUAGCCAUUACAAGUAUGACAUCAUGGGGCUGAUCGCGCUCGAAUACGCGCCACUUUGGUUUUUCAGUGGUUUGCUUCAAGAAUUUUUCUACGAAUAUUUGUUGAGCUUGUCUUUACUGCCUUCUGCUGAGAGCAAAGAAGGGAUCGAGAAAAAAAUCGAGUCAAGAAAUGAAUGGAAACUUGAAGAUAGA